GUAUUAGCCGUAUAAGCAAAAAGAGACGAGUGAGCGUUUUAAUACAACUCCGCGUUUGCUUUUGAAGGCAUAUUUAUCGCAUAUUUUUUCUUGAAUGAAAACCCUCACGCUGGUGGCAGCAAACCGACGCGAUUACGUAUAUGUUUUCGGAUUGCUGCGAGUGCGAAAAAAAUUCCAUCGAUCGCUACGGCUGGAUGUAAAUUUGCUACGUUACUGGCGGCUAGGCGCGAUGCAAAACUCACAUCCGUUUCCCGCGGGCCCAAGUCAGGCGGUCAACGAAAAAUACAGGAGAAAAUACCGAAGACUGAAGCGAUGGAUGAAGAAUUUAAUCUUUGAAAAUGCAGCUUUGUGUGAUCAUGUAGCACAAAUUCAAGAGAAUAUUCUUCUGGUGAAGGAGGAGCGACGAUAUCUGUUGAAGAAGUUAUUAGAGCACGAAAAUGAUAUGGAAGCCCAGUUGGGUAGACCCUGCGGCAAAUUAAAUGAGCUGAUAGCAAACAGUUUGCCACCAAAACGACAGUACAAAAAGCGCACGAAUAACGAUGCCAAUGCAACAGAUUCGGCGACCAAAGGUAAAAAUCAGACCAGAAAACCACGUGCCAAUUCCAACGCAGGGGCUGCAGAGAAGAACGCUGUUAAGAAAAGUGCACAGGGCAUUUCCCUGGGCCAAUCAGGGCAUCCAAACUAUCCGAUAACAAUCGGUGGUUUCACGAUAUUCAACCUCGGUGAGAUAGCUCCGGAACGGACAGCCUACAACACAGAGUACACUAUCUACCCGAUAGGAUACACAGUCACGAGACCCUAUGGUCACUUGAAAGACCCUCAAAAGAAAUGCACCUACACUUGCCGAGUGGUUGAUAACGGAGACGCCCCAAAGUUUGAAAUCAUUCCGGAGAAUGAUGCCGAGUUGGCGAUAACAGCCAACUCUACGGAUGCGUGUCAUUUCACACUGCUGCAAUGCAUUAACGCUUCACUUGACUGCCGUAGCAUCGAUGGGCGGCCAUCAGGUGAUUGGUUCUUUGGACUGUCACACCCAACGAUCUCUAGUCUCAUUCAGAGUUUUCCAAGUUCCAAAAAAUGCAUUAACUAUAAGGGUAUCAAGAAGGAGAACUUUGCCAACAUAGACAAGGAGAACGAUCCAACGUUGAACUAUGAAGCGCUGCAAAGACAUAUCACUAUUUCGGCGUACCAUACGGUUCCGGAGAUUAAGGAGGAACCACCUGAUGAACUGUUGGAUCAUUCCGAUGGAAACUCUUUUAGUUUGUCUUAGGGGGUUGGGGAUAACGUUUUUUCCUUUCUGGAUGAAAAAAAUAGAAUGUAAAAAUUGUGUACAAGUCAAAAAAUAGAAUAAACUGAUAAUAGAUUUUUAUAUGA